CCACUCUGUCGGGAAAAGGAACAGUCACUUAUUUCACAGCAAAAGAAUGGCGCGGAGCUGCGAGCUCACUCGAUGAACUCGAGGUUUGUGAUUUUACGGAAAGAUCUUCUCAGAGCCAACGGAUAAGUGGUCUGAAUUCCCGUGUGACCUGAAGGCGGCAGGCGGUAACUUACUGUAAACCGAGCGGGUUAUUUCCAUAGUGAGCCGGAAGCGUGAGGCAAUGCUGUAGGGUCGGGACGCCACAGCCGGACCCCGUUCGCGACGAUGACCCCGCGAGGACUCCUGCUGCUGCUGUGCGGGUCGCUGUCGUCCGCGGCGAGGGUCUUGACGCGGCCCCCGCUCACCUGCCCGCGACAGGAUCUGAGCUGCUCAGUCAGUACAACUAACUGUAUGGACAGUGGACUGCUGGCGGUUCAUGCCUACACCCCCAGCAGUCCAGAGGGGCUGCAGGUGGCCGUGGACACCAGGCAGGACGAGAGGGGACACCUGCAGCCUGUACUGAUCGCUAACUGGACGAUAAAGGAUGAUGGCAGCGUCCGCUACCUGAAGGCCACCGAGCUUCAUGUUCUGGUGAUGUCCACCAACCAGAACCUGUGCGUCCGGUAUUCCUUCAGAGACAGACUCCCAAUGAGAAAUCCGCUAGGGGAAAAGUGGUCCUUCUCAGCCAACAUGGUGGUGUUGGACCCCGGUGAGAAGUACCAGGUCUCUGUAUUCAACAUCCCCAAACCCGAGCUGGGCCACAGCAGCUACGACAUCAGCACUGACGUGACUGCUCCCGAUUGUCAAGAUUCCAAGAUGAAGAUGACCCAGUUCUGCAUAGAGAGAGGAAGUCUGUGGCAGCCUAACAUCAGCCUGGCUCUGGUCUCUGCGGUCAGGGGACGAUCGGCACUGGCUGUCAGCUUCAGCGCAGACGGUCUGUGUGAGGACUACAUCGUGAUUGUUAGCUGCUCCGCUUCCCAACAUUUCGACCGUGUGCACAGGGCCAAUCACACGACUCUGAAUGUAACAUUCAGCCUUGAUAAAUGGCCGAGAUCCUGCUGCCAGUUUGACGUUGAGAUCAAACCUCUUUUCCCACAAUGUGGCCAGGACUGUGAUCGUCAAAGAGAAACUCAGGAUAUUUGUCAUGGUACGCUGGCAGCAAAUCCAACAAACGCCCCAGAUGUUCCUUCGUACACAUUGAUUGUCCUGGGAGUGGUGGUAAUGUGCGUAGUAACGGCAGUUAUUAUGUAUGUCCUCUGCUGCAGGAAGGCAGGUCAAAUUGGUGUUACUGCAGGACCUGGGGGAGGCGAGAUGCCUCCACAGCAGCCACUUAAACAACCUCCCAAAGUGUUGGUCAUGUACUCCCAGGACCACUACCUUUACAGGGACAUAGUGCUAAAGCUCUGCGCCUUCCUCCAGGUCAAGUGUGGCACCAAGGUGCUGGUAGAUUUGCUAGACUCCACCUCGGUUGGCAUGGUGGGUCGCCUCCGCUGGCUUGAGUGGCAACGGCAACAGCUGAAAAAUCCAACUGACAAAAUUCUGGUGCUGUGCUCGAAAGGUGUCCAGGCAAAGUGGAGGGCCUUGUGCGGUCAAGGUCGGGUGACACUGAGGGAGGACCUACUCUCACCUACAGACGACAUGCUCACCCCCUUUCUCCACCUUUUUCUACCAGACAUGCACCAGGCAGGCACGCUGGGCAAGUACAUGGUGGCCUACUUCGAUGACAUCAGCACCGAACAAGAUAUACCAUCGGUUUUUGACAUCACAGUCAAAUACAAGCUGAUGAAGCAUUUUGAAGAGCUGUGCUUCCGCAUCGUAGACAUUGAAAAGUAUCAGCCGGGUCAGGUCAACCACAUCGAGGGCAUUGGUUGGGACGAAUAUUUCAACUGCCCUUCAGGCAGAGCCCUGAAGAAUGCCAUCGAAACAUUCCAGGCCUACCAGUUGGAAAAUCCUGAUUGGUUUGAGAAGGAGUGUGUGGACAGUGAAGAGGAGGUCAUGACUGAGGCCAACCUGCUCAUUGACCACCUGCAGAUCCCUCCAGUCCUACAAUGUGUCCCUCAAAUCAGAAACGGCCCUCCCGUCUACAUCCAUGAGGUAGAAAUCACUGAAAAUGCAAGCAGUGUUCAUUUCCUUACACCUGAACUGAACCCACAGCACCCACUGUCGUCAGUAGUUGAACUUACACCAGUAGUAAACCCUGAGUGCCAACAUCAAUAUCCAUCAAACCUGGAUGAAGUAUUAAUAGAUCACCUGCAUCCUCACAGCGCCAGUCCAGAAUCUGUCUACAUAGCUGAGCCUGAAUUGAACAAGCCGCCCUCACCGAGACAGAACUCCCUUGAGGAAGAACCACUGGGUCAAAUUCCCACUGAGGAUGAUGAAGAGGAUUCACUGCUGCCUAUAAGCCAACCCUCUGCUCAUUUGGACCUGAGAAGCUCGGCCCUACAGAGCUCCCUCGACUCAAACCCUCCACAAUCAUCAUGUGCAAACAUGCAGAGUGAAUAUUUCCCUCAUUUUGAAAUCAGCCACUCCCUGCCUGUGGAGAUGGAGGACAAUGAGGUUCUGGAGCCCAGUGGAAACAGUGGUCCAAACAGUGGAUCUGAUCAAGGCUACAUCUCCAGAAUUUCCCCCCAGCAUGAACCCCCUUUCAAAGAGGAUCCACUGGUGGCUUUGGUAAGGCUGCAGGAGGAGCUGUUUCAGCAGGAUCUCAGAAGCUCUGACAUAGGCCCUGAAGGGAACUGAUGCUCACAGUCCGAAGUCCACCCCCAGCAAUAAGGACCACACUUUCACGGACUUCAAUCAACAUGACCUGUGCGAUCACCAUAAGCGUCCAAAUGUAGGAGCUCCAAUUGGAUUGCUUCAGUUCAUUACCUGUACAGAGGCAUUUCUGUGGCCAGUAAGAUGUGGGGCUCAUAUUUGACAUAUUUAGUGUUUAUUUACGACUUUCUGAAUAUAAUAAUCCAUACAUUAUUAAUAUUUUAAUAUUUUCAAUAUGAUCAUGCCUUCAUGGUACAAAGACGUGGACACAGUGAUUGGUGAAAUAUACAUGUAGACUUGUUGCUGUGGAUGUUGCACCUGGAUUUGGCCCGAUUUAGUGUGAAAAAUUCUUCACCUAUUUGAAAAGAGGUGUUGGACUUGUUGGAUGUAAUCGUUUGCCCCCUGUUUUCAUGGUGCCAGUAUCUAGAAGUCACGAGAGAAACUGCAGCUGAGCCACGUACCAGCCACGCAAAGCAGUAACUGCCCAGGGGACCCAGGUCCUCGGGGGGCCGAAAGGUUCCAGGUUUACAAUUUGGCACUAACUAAAACACAAUCUAAGCUAACAUGAUAGGAGCCUUAAGGUAACACCUGUAUUCUUACACUUUCUUGAGGCCCCAUUUUGUAAAGGUGCCGCGCCAAGAAAAUCUAGUUAAAAUCCAGUUCUUUAUUGUUUCACUUUAUAUUUUGUUUACAUGGUACAUUUUAUUACAUGCAUUUGCUCUUAAUCAAGUUGCCACUAACUAAUACAUACACAAUACACAGAGAAUGGGAGAAACGGAGGGUUUAUUAGGGGCCGACAACUCAUUUUCACCCUGGGGCCCACUCGCGGGUUAAUCUGGCCCUGUGUAGAUGUGUAAUGGUGAUUCUAGAAGGGAGCCCUGAGUCCUUAGCUCUGAGGGACUGACAACAAAAUCUGAGCUUUACUGUGGGGGUUUUAAAUUGCUGGAAUUUUCUCUGCAUGGAAGGAAAAUAUUUUGAGGGGAUGCGUUGUCUUCUACGUUUGAUCUCAUUCAUACGAAAAGGCAAAAGCUCCACCAAACAAUAAAAUUAUUCCAGCAAAGAGAAUAUGCCAAAAUAACAUUUGAUCAGUGGGUUUGUGUAAGGAUUACAUUUUCUCUGACAGUGAAGGUCUUCUAAUAGCGAUUAUCUUUGUUUCAUGGUAAAUCAUUAUGUUCUGUUAUAAAAGAAUACAUAAUAAAUAAACACUUUGUACAUUUUGUACAGGACUUUCCUCAGAUUUAU